CUUUUUUAUGUUGUAGUCAACACACGAAUGAAUGUUGGUUGCGGCGUUGUUGUGGGAGCUACCGAUGAAUUGAAGGAUAAAAUUGUCUUUCCUUGAUAACUGAAACACCAAACAGAAAAAAAAUCGGCAAUAUACCGAACACACCCGCGUCUUUGGAAUACAAUACAACCUUUACCUUCUACAGCUUCUUGACCUUCACCUACAGAUAAAUCAGCCUCCACAGUUAUCAUUAGUUUCACCAUCAAGUACAUGAUUUUCGUUUCUCUCCAAAAAAGUUCAAUGUCAUGGAUGAUAGACCUGCAAAAUUAAAUAUCAUUCCGGAUCACUUUCAAAUUCCAACAUCAAGUAUAGAAUCUCCUGAGAGCAGAAAAUCAUCUACUAGUACUGCCGAAGAACCUGAAAUUGAUCAAUCUGUAAGGCCCUCGCCCCAGCUGUGGACUCCAAGAAAAUUUAGGACAAGUUUCAUGUUGAACUUGUUUACUCUACGAAGACUGUCAUGGGGGUCCGAUACUGGAGCUCAGGAAAAGGUUGAGCUUACAGCUGCAGAAGUAGAAUCACUUCGAUCGGAGCUUGCUGAUUUAGAGGAAAGGGAAGCUCACUUGAAAGCUCAGUUGCAACAUAUUGAUGAAGUUUUGCGGUCAGCUCGUCUAUCAGGCUAUUUACAUAUUAGAACUAGAUGGUCAGCACUUCCGGGAGAGCCCGAACCUAUAGAUGAUACUGAAGUAGAUGAUCGGCUUCCACGCUUUGUCGUUCUCCAUGGAGCAUGUAUAUUCUUAUAUUUGUUGUGUACAGAUAUAAGUCCUCAAGACUCAACACUUCUAUCUGAUAUUCUUGAAGUAGGAAGAUUGCCAAGUUUUAAAUACGAAAAUGAUGAUAUUCAACAUGCCUUUUAUAUUCUAACUCGUCAUGGAUAUCGCUAUGAGUGCUCAAGCAGUUCUAUGAUUCAGGUGGACUCUUGGUUAACAGCUUUAGAAAGUUACUGCAAAAUAGAUUCUGAUAGAUCAGUUCCUAAUGGUUAGAUUUGGGAUGUAACACACUUGAUGAGUUUAGUGGCAUGAAACCUAUACCACUUUGUAAGUAUGUUUUUAAGCCUUAGUUUUCAGUAAUUGAAUGAAGAUAAAUAUGCUUUAUUUGUCAAUUUUGGCUCUUACCGAAGUCUAUUAAUGCUUUAUAAAGUUUGAGCAAUCCUUAUUUAAA